AUGAUGAGAUGGAAAAAUUUUUCACUCAAAUUGAAAACAAUUGUUACAAGUGUUCGAGAGAGCUAUAUAAAAUUUUUAUUGAAAUAUUCGUGGUAUGUUAUCAUUUUUGUAAUGUUAAUUUCAUUAUGUUUAUCAGCUUAUGCAGCAUUAUUUUAUUACGAUACUUUCGCAUUCAAUCCAUCAAUUGGAUUUGAAACUCGCAAUACAUUAUUAUCAAAUGAACGAUUAGCAUUGGAUAAUUUGAUGGAAAGAGCUACGAGAAAAGAUUAUAUGAAAUCAAGAAGUAAGCGUGAGAUAAGCAAUAGUGAAAUACCACAAAAAGAUAAUAAUCAUCGAUUUGUUGACAACAAAGAUAUUAUUAUAAAUAAUGAAACAAAACUGGAAAUGCCACUUGCUGCAUGUCAACAAUAUUUCGUCCUUGGUACUAUAAUUCCAUAUGAAGUGAUUUUGUUAAUGUCAAAAUUAAUUUUCAAAGUACCAUCAUUCAAUAAUUUAUUUAAUAUGCGUACAAUGCAACGAUUAUGUGCCAUCGAUUCAAUUAUUGAUAGUGAAAUUAGUUUGAAUAAUUUAAAUGCAACAAAUCUAAAACGUUUACCAUUUUCUUUUAAUCUUCCAUAUUAUACAAUGUGUUUAAAUAUGGAUAAACCAUCAAAUUCAUGCUCGUUGCUUGAUUCUGAUUACAUUGAAAUGUUCAAAUCGCUUGUUUUAACAUGUCAAACUGAUGAGUCAGCAAUUCAAUGUCAAUUACCUAUUGCUAAACAACUUUCCAAUAUAAUUUUUCAAAAGAGUAAUGGUCCAAUCGAUGUUAAUAAACCAUUUUAUUUUGCUGUUGUUUUGCCGAUCAUUCAAUCAAAUGAUGGCUAUUCAAAUCUUCAUUUUUAUUCAAAUUUACUUGAAAAACUUCAACAAGAUUACAAUGAUAAUGAAUUGAAAUUAGUUGGAGCGCAAUUUGGUGUUAAAGAAGGAUUAUUUGUGGAAGAACUUCGAAGUGAUGUACGACUUGGUGUAAUUGCAAUUAUUUUGGUUGUACUUAUCAUACUGAUAUAUACUGAUAGCUUUUUUAUCACAUUUUGUAUCACUGCUAGCUUACUAUUAUCAAUUGGUGUCGCAUUCUUCGUUUAUACGGUAAUUCUUGGGAUUAAAUUUUUUCCAUUUUUAAAUUUACUUGCGAUGAUACUUGUUGUUGCUGUUGGUGCUGAUGAUGCUUUCCUCUUUGUGUAUCAAUAUAAGAAACAUAAAGCGGAUGCUAGAAAAAUCUGGUCACCAAUGUUAUUAAAUUGUGAUGCAAAUAAUACAAAGGAAGAAAAUUCUGAUAAGGAAGAGUUAAUGGAAUAUCAUCGUAAACAGGUGAUAUCAGGUUUAAAUGAUGCAUUAUCACAUAGUGCAAUUUCAAUGUUUGUCACAUCAGCAACCACUGCUGUCGCAUUUUUUGCUAAUCUUGCAUCAGAGAUUGUGGUUCUUAGAUGCUUUGGUAUAUACGCUGGUACAUUAAUGCUAAUCAAUUAUAUAUUAGUAAUUAUAAUAUUACCUGCUGCAAUUAUUGUCACUGAUACAGGUGUUAAAAUAUUUACCACUUCGAAAUUCUUUAUUUCAAAAUUAAAAUAUCGAAUUGCUUCAUUCUGGCAUAAUGCUGCAACAAAUUUUGAUAAAAUGUUUAAUAGAUUAAUUCCACAAAUUGUAUAUAUUAUUCGAUUACCACUAAUACUACUAACAUUUAUUGUAUUUGCACUAUCAAUUUAUGCAAUUGCUAAAAAACCUGGAAUUCGAUUACCGGAACGAAAUUCAAUUCAGUUUUUACGUUCAAAUCAUCCAUAUGAAUGGUUCGAUGAAAAUGCUGCGACAUUAUUUGAUUUUUCGAUUGGUCAACAGCCAAAAAUGAAUGUUGUUGCUGUUUGGGGCAUUAAGCCAACAACAACUGGAAGUUUGCUAAUUCCAAAUGAAAAAGGAACGCUUAAUGUGGAUAAUGGAUUUAUUGAUCUUUUGGCUAAUCAUCUUCUAGAAUUUCAGACUUUGCUUAAACAAAUUAGUUAUCAAACUAAUCCAAAAAUAGAACAGAAAUUAUGGUUGGAUGAAUUUAUUAAUUGGACAAAUUUGAAUACAACAACGGAAAGUUGCAAACUAUUUGCUGUAAACCAAUCUCAAUUAUCAACUCCAAUAUCAUUUUCCGGAAAUAUACUUUCACGUUGUUUCCUUCAAUACGGACGUGCAACAUCACUUCCAUCACUUGAUAAAUGGCAACAAAAAGAUACCGAUGGACCAAUAUUUGAUAACAACGACGUCUUUUUGGCGUAUUUCUUAUCAACACCUAGCAAAUAUAAUUUUUCAUCUGUUUUUAAAGAAAUGAAACCAUUUUUCGAUUUUAUUGAUAGCAUAAAAGUGGAACGAAGUGAAAUUUCAGAAUUUAAUGAACCAUUAAUGCUAACAGUAAGUGGUAUAGCAAGAUUGUAUGAUUUAUUGGAACGUAUACUGAAUGGUACUGCUAUUUCGGUAUUUAUUUCAUUGAUAGUUAGUAUGAUGGUUAUCAUUUUUAUCACUUUUAAUGUGAUCUUAUCAAUUUUGGCUAUCAUUUGUAUUGCUACAAUUGUUACUGUAACUGUUGCUAUUGUACUUUGGAUAGGUUGGACAGUUAAUGUUGUUGAAGCAACAAUAAUUGUACUAACAAUUGGUAUGAGUUUUGAUUACUGUCUUCAUUUUGCUGUUGGUUUUCGACUUCAUAAAACCAGUGAUUACAGUGUGAUUGCAUCUGCUGUUGGUAUUCCCGUACUUUUAUCAGCUAUUUCUUCAUUCAUUUCCGGAUUUGUUCUAAUCGGUGCAUCAACACAAGCAUUUUUUGAAAUUAGUGCAAACGGUUUGGUUAUUCGUGUUAAGCAUAUUAAAACACAUAAAGUAGCAGUAAUGAAAAUUGCAAUUAAUCCGGCAACAUCCGGUUCAAUUAAUUGGGAAUGGAAUAUAUUAGAAAAAAUUAUGAAUCCAAAAAAUAAGGAAGAUCGAACAAAACAUUUGGUACGACGAAUCGAUUAUGGUUAUACAUUUAAUAUGGAUAAAGAAAAUAUAAGUUAUAUUAUAAUGGAAUAUUUGCCAGGAAAUCCAGUUAGUAUAAUUGGUCUUUUAAAAGGUAAUCAACUUUUAUCAAAGGUAGCUGAAUUCGGUCUUCAACUUCUUAAGGCUGUGUAUGAUUUACAUUGUCUUGGCUAUAUUCAUCGUGAUAUAAAGCCAGAAAAUGUUGGACUUUAUAAUGAUAACAUUCUUGUCUUGUAUGAUCUUGGAUUAGCACGAUUUUAUACAAAUCAAAAUGGACAAGUACGAGAAUCACGAUGCUUAUGUGGUAUGCGUGGUACCGAUGAAUGGGCUAGUUUAUCAGCUGAAUUAGGAAGAGAUCAGGGACGAAUUGAUGAUCUUUGGGGAUGGUUUUAUGUUCUCAUCGAAUGGAUCAAUUGCGCUUCUAAAUAUCCUCUUUGUUGGGCACCUUUUGAUGAUUAUCCUGAUUUACGUCAUCUUUGUAAAUCAUCAAUAUUUCCUGCAAAAUAUGUUCUUCGAAAUUGUCCACCAGAAUUUUUCAAAAUACAAUGUUAUUUACGAUGUUUAAAUCGUGAUGAUUCACCGAACUAUUUCUAUUUGGCUACAUUAUUAGAUGAUGUUAAAAAGAGAGCAAAUGGUGCAAACCCUGUAAAAUUUUUACAACAAUCAUCAAAUAUUGAUAUUGAACGAGCUGAACGUUUGUCACAAUUAGAGCUUGAAUAUUUUUAA